CGGCGAGCAGAGCAUCCAUUAGCAGCACCGAUCCGGAGCGGGGCAUCGGCAGGCACUGUUCGCUAGUACAUAGUAUCAGACAGGGCAGCUCUCCGCAGGGGCAGCAACCCGCAUAUCAAAACGCCCAAGUGGAAGUCCAAGGUCAUGACUGCGGGCUCUUUCAACUUACAUUAACGACACUUUACUUGUACCACACACAGUCUUCGUCCAUCAGCCAUACAAGUAUAACAUCAACCCAUCAGACAACAUCCUUUCACACACAUCUUGACACCACUUCGGUACGCUAGUCAUAUAUCACCCAACAUGGCACCACCUUCAUCAGACGACAUCACCUCGGGAGUCUCCAAAAUGUCACCCAAGAACGCCAAGGCUAAGAAGCCAGAGCCUGUUGCCGACAGUUGGGAAGACGAAGAUGUCAGUUCCGAGUCCGAGCCCGAGGCCAAGACCGAGCCCAAGUCUGAGCGUGAGCGUAGCUUUGGUGCGCAGCCGGAAUCAUGGGAGGACGACAACAACAGUGAUGAUGAGCAGGGAGCGCCCUCUCCCCCGCCUUCACGCAACAACCAAAAAAAGCCGGAGCCAUCUAUUACUACCUCUACUUCCAUUCCACCAUUUCUCGACUACACUGGGCCAGGCGGCAGCGCCAGCAACACUUCCUCUUCCUCAGAGUACAAGAGACCCGAGAAGACGGACGCCGUAGCCCGCCGGAUGAUUGCCGGUGCUCUGGGGCUGAAGGCACCCAAGCUGACCGAGGAGCAAAAGGCUUACGACCGGGCCUUGCGCGAGAAGGAGCGCAAGAGGAAGGAGGAGGAGAGAGAGCGGAAGAAGAAGGCAGAGGAGGAGGCCUUGAGAGCCAAGCAGGCGAUUUGGGAAGACUAGGAGCUUUCCAGCGUAUCAUCUCUCACAGUCUCAAUGUGUGUCAUCAACCAUCAAGCGGAAUCAUCUUUAUUAUCUAUACUUUGCGAGGCUUCAUCUUGCUCAACAUCGCUCGACGCCGGCGGCGGCAACCCUUCCCUCCUGAUCAACGGGAGGUGUUUCCCCUUGUGCAUCAACACCAACUGCUCCCCACCCUCGGGAGAAUGUCGCUUUGCGACCCCCAACCCCUGCAGCCCCUCCUGCUCGGCGCGGUGAUUCCACAAGAGCUGUUCGACUUUCCCCUCCCUAGAGCAUCCGAUGAACACCAACGGCCACCGGCUCCUCGCCAGCGCGUCUCGGGUUCCCUUUGUGGCGGUCUUGGAGGCCACCAAGACGCCAAACACUUCGGACCCUCUCCAUCCCACUGGCGCUCCCACAAAUGCGCCCUCCAGCUCCCGGAUCAGAUGAGGACGAGUGCUUUGGAUGGCCUUGCACUGCACAAUGACUCGCAAGGGUCGUUCGGCCGUCGGUACGGACCAUGUGCCUAGGAGAUCGAUCCCGAAAUCAUGUUGCCCUCCCACCCGGUUGAGAGAGAAGCCGUACGCGGUCAAGAGGGAAGCUAUCGUGUAUUCGUAGUGUGUUCCGACAAAGACGGUGGUUUCAUGACCGAGACCGGUGCGCUUGGCAUACUGGAGGAAGGAAGGAAGGUCAUGGUGGUUGGAGGACUUGGAAAGGGAAAUGUUGGCAUCAGUACGUCCUCCAUCAUCUGAGGCGUUGGUGAUGCUGCUGCUGGUGGUGGUGGUGACUGGCGAAGGGACUGCGGAGGACUCGGUGGUAGCAUCUUUUUGAUCCGGCGCAUGGUCGGAAGAGAAGCACCGGAGCGGGUGAGGGCCUGGGCUGCAGUAUAAUCGGCGCGUUCCGAGUCCGAGCCGGGAGAGUCGUGCAACCAUGGGUCUCAUGGUGAUGUUGAGCCUGUGCCUUGUAUUAUUCGAUAUAUGUGCUGCUUUUCCCCCUCUUGUAGAGCUUUUGUCCAAUCAAUUAACCCAAUAUUUGAUGCUUCAACCUGAUUGUAUUAUUUUCAUGCCCACUCGACCAAGAGCCAG